AUGAAUUUUGUUUUUAUAUGUACAACAGGGAUACCCAUUGUCAGACGAGAUGCUGGCCCAUAUGGCAUUAACGAGCGUGCCAGUACCUCUGGUUUACAGACCGGUGGGGGUAGAGUCAGGAUGAAUCGCGAUAACGAUUCUGACGCGACAUUAGAGUCCGACGAUGACGAUGACGAAGACGACGACGACGAGACAGAGACAGCUUCAGACGUGACAGACGAGACGAACGACGACGAUGACGACGACGACGUGCCAGAGACAGCUAAGUCUGGAAGCACGGGUAGGAAAACGGAACGGGAGAGUGAAGCUGCGAGUGAGUCUGAGUCAAGUCAGACAUCCGAGGACGGGGCUAGUUCACUGGGUAACCGUUUUACGGUUCUCGGUGAAUCGUCGAAAUUUAUUCGUAAAUUCGCUGUCACCGGGCGCGAAUUACGAAUAAAGAUCGCGGCCCCUGAAUCGGGUGUUAAUCUAGUGGGGUGGCUGGAGGACGCGUUCAGAGACCUGCAUGCGUAUGCCGUAGCAACGUGCCGUAGUAACGACUACAUAGGUUUCACGUUUAGCGCUGAUAGCUUCAGUCAAGGCCCUGCGUGGUUAUCGUUCCGUCCGGUGAGGGACUCGCGGUACACUGACCUUUGGAAGCUAGUUUUUAGCGUAGCCCAGAGCGCAUCAGAGUUUGGCGUUGACAGUGUCUUUACCGUGACGGUACACAGCGUUGGUGUACCGACGGGCCGCGGAAAGCCGAAGCCGAUCACACAUGCGGGGGUAUUUAAAAAAUCCGUCGUGCAGAUUAUCAACAGCGACGGACUGUGCUUACCUCGCGCCCUCGUUGUAGCCAAGGCUCACGCCGAGAGGGGCCCGGCCCGCAGCGGCACCCUGCACGAGCAUUACGAGAUGGUGAGAUUUGCUAGGUCAAGCAUCCAGCGUGCAGAGGCUCGUAAUCUUGUUGCGAGCGCUGGUGUAGAGAUUCCGCCAACAGGGUGCACGGUGUAUGAAAUCGCACAGUUCCAGAACUAUCUGGCACGCGAGGGAUUGCUCAUCACAGUGUACGAGUUGGGGAGGCUAGGUACCGGUGAAGCGGCAUUUUACGACGGAACUGCCGUGGUGAGAGCAACCGGAACAGGCGAUGUCAGGCACCGUUUGAAUCUGCUGUACUAUCCAGACGAACAGCAUUAUUGUCCGAUUGUCAAUUUAACCGCGGCGGCAGCAGGGGCCUUCUUUUGUCAACCCUGCAAUAGAAAAUUUAACAACGGGUACGAACACCGAUGCUCUGAAAAGUGCCCACAGUGCCUCGCAUCGCCACCGUGCAACAGCAAGUCUCGCGAGAUCCAGUGUCCCGAUUGCAGGCGCGUGUUUCGCGGUAACGGCUGCCUGGAGUAUCACCGCAGGAUCGGCUCUUUCAGUCCGCGUCGCUCCGUAUGUACAACACUGCGUUUAUGCCUGGAUUGCGGGCGAUUCGUAAAUCUUUCGAGACGGAAUCACAUUUGUGAAACUCGUUUUUGCGCCACGUGCCGAUGCAACAGACCAUACAAUCACUACUGCUACAUGACGCCACUAAAAGACGCGACUAGGCCGAAACGUUACAUCUUUAUUUUCUAUGAUUUUGAAACGCAGCAAUGCGAGACGGUGGACGGUGAUGCGACGACGAACAUACAUGUGCCGAACCUGUGCGUAGCGCACCAAGUGUGUACGCAAUGUAUCCACGAUCACGACAUAUCGAACGGCUGUUCCGCUUGCGGGCUCGUACGUGAGUUUGUUUUCAGGAGGGAUCCGGUGAAGGAGCUGGUAGACUUUGCUACUCGGCCCGUUCACGACUUUGCACGUAUCGUGUGCAUUGCACACAAUGCAAAAGGUUUUGACGCGCAAUUCAUACUGCGCCAUAUGGUUGAGCAGGCUGGAAAUCCGCCGCAGGUCAUCUUAAGCGGUAGCAAGAUCAUUAUGCUAGAAACGGGGCACACCCGUUUUCUAGAUUCUCUAGCGUAUAUGCCUAUGGCAUUAUCGGCGCUACCGAAGGCAUUUGGUCUACCGGCUGCUUCCGUGAAAGGUGUAUUCCCUCACCUUUCCAAUAUCCCUGAAAACGUUGGUUACGUGGGACCGCUUCCCACAGCAAAGUUUUACUCUCCGGAUACCAUGAGUAGCGGUGCGCGAGCAGAGUUUUACUUGUGGUACAACGAGACUGUAACGAACGAUCAAGUGUUUGACUUUGAUGCGGAAUUGCUGUCGUACUGCCGGUCGGACGUCGAUAUAUUGCGGCGCGCGUGCGUAGCAUUCAGGGACGUAUUUCUGGAAUGCGGCAGAGUGUGUCCCUUCACCGAGAGCAUGACAAUUGCCUCGGCUUGCUCGGCGGUGUUCCGUAAGAAUUUCUUAAAACCAGAGCGAAUAGGUAUCCUGCCACCGGGCGGCUAUCGACUUGCCGACGUCCAGUCUCGCAAGGCUCUGGAAUGGCUAGUCCUGAAGGAGCGUGAGCUGGGCAUUUACAUCAGGCAUGCCGGAAACGGGCGUGAGUUUCGGAUUCCGGAGACUGGUCGCAAGGUGGACGGAUACCAUGUCGCGGGCGACGGCACGCGGCACGUCUUCGAGUUCCACGGGUGCUUCUGGCACGGCUGUCGCGAAUGUUUGCGGAUCAACCGCGACAGACGUAACGUUAAUGGUGAGUCAUUGGACAAGCGUUACGAAGAAACUCGUGCGAAGACCGAGCGUAUGCGUGAACUGGGUUACCGCGUGACAGAGCAGUGGGAAUGCGUCUUUGAUCGAGGCUUGAGGGAGAACGAGGAGAUGAGGGAGUACGUGGCGACACACCCGCUGACCGCUGCCACUGCCACGAGCGAAGCGCUCAACCCGCGUGAUGCGUUCUACGGCGGUCGAACGGGGAACACUUCCCGAUACUACGAGGUGAAAACGGAUGCAGCGGGCAACGCGUACGAGGAAAUACGAUACGCCGAUGUUUGUUCGCUGUAUCCGUUCAUCUGCAAGAAUGGAUGGUUCCCGGUUGGCCACCCGACGGUCUACGUUGGAGAGGAGUGUAAGCUCCUGACAGGGGCGAGCGGUUGCGACAUCACGCGAGUCGAGGGGAUGAUCAAAUGUCGAGUUUUACCGCCGCGCAAUCUUUAUCACCCUGUUUUACCGGUGCGCAUGCAUGACAAACUCAUGUUUGCUUUGUGCCGCUCAUGUUGUCAGAGUUUGCGUCAGGGCGAGUGUAGGCAUGAUGACGAGGCCGCGCGAGAAUUCAAGGGCACGUGGGUGUCCGUUGAAUUGAAAAAAGCUGUGGAGAUGGGCUAUAAGAUCAAGAGCAUUCGCGAAAUCUGGCAGUAUACGGUAACAUCUUUUGAUCCGACUACUCGUCAAGGUGGGCAUUUCGCCGACUACAUCGACACCUUCCUCAAAAUUAAGCAAGAGGCAAGCGGCUGGCCUGCUGAAUGCGAGGACGAGUCGGCUCAAAUGCGGUACCUCGACGAGUACGAACGUGUCGAGGGUAUACGGCUAGAUCGCGACCGUAUUGCAAAGAAUCCCGGUAUGCGAUCGGUCUCUAAAUUAUGCCUAAACUCAUUUUGGGGUAAGUUUGGACAACGUGAGAACCUGGUAAAAACGGAGGUUAUCAAGACGCGACAGCAGCUGCUCGAGCUUUUGACCAACCCUGAAGUCGAGGUGUCCGGUUUGCUGCCUGUAAACGACGAUGUAUUGUACGUGCGUUGGUCGCACGCGCAACACAGCGUUGAACCGUCAGCACUGGCGGACGUCGUGAUUGCCGCGUACACCACUGCUCAGGCUCGGCUGAAGCUCUACUCGUACCUCGAGAAGCUCGAUCAGCGCGUUCUCUACUACGAUACCGAUUCAGUGAUUUAUACCCGGAACCACCACCGACCAAACGCGUAUGAACCUCCUACGGGUAACUUCCUUGGCGAUCUAACGGACGAGUUGGAGCCUUACGGUGGUGGGAGCUUUAUACGGGCUUUUGUCUCUGGGGGACCAAAGUUCUACGCUUUCAUCGUCAAACGUCCGAAUGGUGAAGAGGUUGAAAUUUGCAAGGUAAAAGGUAUAACGCUGAACCACACAGCGAGCUCAAAAAUUAACUUCGAGGCCAUCAAAGGGAUGGUGGUAGAAGCCGCUGCACCCAUCAAUUUGGAGUAUCGUGCUAUUCGCCGUACGGAACUGCACGCAGUGGUGACUCGCACCGAGUGCAAAACGUGCAAGCCAGUAUUCGCGAAAAGGCGUUGCUGCGUCGACAGUUUCGACACGCUGCCCUACGGUUACCGCGCUGGGUGA